AUGGUCAGUGCAAGGGGGAUCGAGGCGAACCCGGAAAAGAUAAAGGCAGUGCAAGACAUGGAAGCCCCGAAGACCAUUUGGGAAAUUCAAAAGCUAACCGGACGACUGGCGGCCCUUCGCAGGUUCAUCUCUCGGUCGGCUGAAAAAGCGCUUCCUUUCUUUGAAGUACUAAAGAGAGCAAAAAAUUUCGAGUGGGGGCCGAUCUGUAUGAAGUCCUUCGAGGAAAUUAAGGAAUACUUGAUUAAAGCACCCCUACUGAUGAGACCUGACCCGAAGGAAACCCUCCAGCUGUACCUGGCAGUGAGCGACCGAACUCUGGGUGCAGUUCUGGUUAAAGAACACGAGAAGAACCAACAUCCGGUCUUCUACGUGUCUCAUAUGUUAAAUGAUGCGGAGACCCGAUACCCGAACGCGGAAAAGUUCGCAUAUGGGCUGGUUAUGGCCUCCCGAAAAUUGCGGCAAUACUUCCAGGGCCGAACGAUACAGGUGGUCACUGACCAACCUCUGAAAAAGAUUCUCAGUCGACCAGAAGCGCCUUCGGGCCGAGUUGUUGCCUGGUCCAUAGAAUUGGGGGAAUACGACUUGGAAUAUGUUCCCCGAACCGCCAUCAAAGCUCAAGCCCUGGCCGACUUCAUGGUAGAAUGCACUUUCUCUGGGCCGAAAGACCUAGAACUGAAGGAACAACUCAUCAGGACUCCAAGAAAAUGGAAGUUAUUCGUAGAUGGAUCGGUGGCCGGGCCUAAAUGUGGGGCUGGUCUGAUUCUUUCCAGUCCGGAUGGGUUUGAAAUCUGCCAAGCCAUCCGAUUCACUUUCCCGCUGACCAACAAUGAGGCCGAGUACGAAGCCCUUCUAGCUGGAAUGGGUCUGGCAAGAAAUCUUGAAGUCAGACACUUGAGGGCCUUUAGUGACUCCAUGCUGGUCGUUAAACACUUUUCGGGGGUGUAUGAACAAAAGGAGCCCCGAACGAAAGCUUAUGCCACAAAGGUACGAGAACAGUCUUUGUAUUUUGAAUCAUUUGAACUGAGUGCCAUCGGUCGUGAAGACAACAGCCGAGCCGAUGCUCUCUCUCGCCUGGCCUUGGCCGAGACCCAUAACUUGACAGGGUCAAUCUAUCUGUCUGAAGUAAAAGUGCCUUAG